UUGCAACUAACGGGAGUGUUCAGUUUCACAAGUGUCGCAGUUUCCUAUAGAACAACUUCCUAAUUCAUCCUCGUUCUGUAAGAGAGAGCAGCCAUGGCACACGCACUUAAAGAAAGAUUUGAGAAGUUCCUCCAUGAGAAGAACCUCCUGACUGAUGCCCUUGCUAAAGUCGAAGCAAAGACCGGGGUUAGCAGGACGUAUCUCGCUCUCGCUAUCGUUGGCAUCAUCGCAGUGUACUUGGUCAUUGGCUAUGGAGCCUCCUUGCUGUGUAACCUCAUCGGCUUUCUUUACCCAGCUUACAUAUCCAUCAAGGCCAUAGAAAGUGCUACCAAAGAAGAUGAUACUAAAUGGCUGACUUACUGGGUGGUGUAUGGACUCUUCAGUGUGGCCGAGUUCUUUGCAGACAUCUUUCUCUCGUGGUUCCCGUUUUACUACAUCGGAAAGUGUGCCUUCCUGGUCUGGUGCAUGGCUCCAACUCCUUCAAACGGUUCGGUCCAGAUUUACAAUCGCAUCAUUCGCCCCUUUUUCCUCAAGAACGAAUCCAAGAUUGAUGAUGCAGUUAAGAACAUAAAGGAUAAGGCAUCAGAAGCAGCUGACAAGUUCAAAGAUGAGGCCAAGAAAGCAACUGCCAACAUAAUUUUUGAGGAGAAGAAGAGCUCCUAAUCAGGACCUCCACCCAGGAUCGUCUGUGCGCAGCUGUUACCAUAAAAUAAUGUUGCCUUGUUGUAUUUAAUGAAUUAUCUGUCUGGUCUGUAAUGUCAAAGCCAUUUCCCUGUUCAGUUUACUUGUUUGACAGGUUACUGUACAUUGCCCUGAUCCUGAAUGAACCGAAUAAACACCUAACAGAAA